AGAGCCAAAACCCUGUCUGUGGGAAAAGCCAAGUGCUCUGGUUGGUUUCUGUGCCAAGCAGGGGAGAGAAUAUUAAAUCCCUGAUCUUCCUCGGGGGGAAGCACGAUCCAAGCAGUUGAAGAUGCAGGGUGGGGAGUUGGGAAUCCUGGAGUGUGGGUCCUUGGCUCUGGGUGACCUUGAGAGAGUCAAGACACCCUGUGCUGGGCAACACCAGGCUCUGCUGGAGGUCAGUGCUUCAGCCCCACUUCCCAGGGGGAUACAGCUGCUCCCAUCCCACCCUGGGACACGUGGAACUUCUCUUCUGGCAUGUGCUGGGCCUGCCUAGGUUGCCCCCUCUGGAGCUCAAAGCUUUCCAGACCUGGCCUUGCUGUUUUCCUUUUGAGAAGAGAGUUGGGCAUUAAUUAAACUGCUAUUAAAUGCCCUGAGGGUGCAGGCUGGAGGCUUCUGGUUUUAAAUGCAAAGCAUCCUGCAGCUGGAGCACUUUGUUUGCCCAAGAUGGUGUGAGCAUAUUUUUAAUAGAUUUUUAUUUUUUUUUAAUAGAAUGGUUUGGGUGGGAAGGGACCUUAAAGAUCAUCUGGAUCCAACCCCCUGCAUGGGCAGGGACACCUCCCACCAGCCCAGGUUGCUCCAAGCCCCAUCCAACCUGCCCUUCAACACUGCCAGGGAUGGGGCAGCCACAGCUUCCCUGGGCAACCUGGGCCAGGCUCUCACCACCCUCACACUCCAGAAUCUCCUCCUCAUGUCUCACCUAAAUGUCCCCUCUUCCAGUUUGCCUCCUUCUCACCCCUGUGUCCAAAUAACUGGCCCCAACCAUUGCAGUUGUGUUUUAGCUCCUACUACCCACCCCCUUGAGCAACUUCUGGUGCAGUUUUUGAGGUCAGAGGGGCGGAAGGGGACGUGCUGGAGGAAGUUGCACAUCUUUGAAGCUUUCUUGAGAGAAACCUGCAGGCAGAGGAGCUGUUCCCUUUUCUCUCUGCCACCUUUAGAGCCAGUCUGGUGCCAUGGCUGUGCUGGGGCUGCUGCUGGUCCUGCUGGGCUGCACCGUGGCACCGGAUCCCGCCCUGGAGGAGACCUGGGAAGGGUGGAAGAGCCUCCAUGCCAAGCAGUACCUGGGGGAGGUCGAGACCAUCCGCAGGGAGGUCUGGGAGAAGAACCUGCGGCGCAUCCAGCAGCACAACCAGGAGGAGUCCCAGGGGCACCACACCUUCCGCCUGGCCAUGAACCACUACGGGGACCUGACGGACGAGGAGUUUAACCAGCUGCUGAACGGCUUCACCCCGACACGGCAGCAGGAGCCAGCACUGCUCUUCCAGGCCUCGGGGGCCCUGAAGACCCCCGCAGAGGUGGACUGGCGGGCGAGGGGCUACGUGACACCCGUGAAGAACCAGGGGCACUGCGGCUCGUGCUGGGCCUUCAGUGCCACGGGGGCUUUGGAGGGGCUGGUCUUCAACCGGACGGGGAAGCUGGUGGUGCUGAGCGAGCAGAACCUCAUCGACUGCUCCCGAAAACUGGGCAACGACGGCUGCCGGGGCGGGUACAUGACCCGCGCCUUCCGCUACGUGCGCGACAACGGCGGCUUGAACUCGGAGCGCGUCUACCCCUACCUGGCCACGGACGCCUCCAGCUGCCGAUACAACCCCCGGGACAAGGCGGCCAACUGCUCGGCCGUGGGGCUGGUGGCCGCGGGCAGCGAGGCGGCGCUGGAGCGGGCGGUGGCAGCUGUGGGACCCGUCUCGGUGGCCGUGGAUGCCAGCAGCUUCCACUUCCACUUCUACAAGUCUGGGGUUUUCAGCAGCGUGUUUUGCAGCCAGAGGGUGAACCAUGGGAUGCUGGCCGUGGGCUACGGCACCAGCCAGGAGCGUGGGCACAACGUGAGCUACUGGCUCCUAAAGAACAGCUGGUCGGAGGUGUGGGGUGAGCAGGGCUACGUCCGCCUGCUGAAGGGAGCCAACAACCAGUGCGGGGUGGCCAACCAGGCCAGCUUCCCCCUCCUCUGAGCCAGGAUUUCCCCUCUCUCUCUCUCUCUCUCCUUCCCCAGCUGCGGAUCCAGGGGCUGUUUCCUUCUGGAAAAGGGCUUUUGUUUGUGCCAUUGAAAGUGGCACAGCUAAUUGCUCUGUGCCUGCAAAUGGUGGCCAGGCAGGAUUUGGUGGCCAAGGCACAGCUCACCCAGCCCGUCCUUUUCCUUGGGGGAAAGACAAAGCUCCCUCCACACGACGCUUGGCAAGAGGCUCUUUCUCUUGUGCCUCUCCCCCCCCCCCCCCAGCCCUCGCCUGGCUGUUCCUUCUCUUUCCCUUGCUGUGGCCCCUUCUCCUUCCAGCUGAAUCCCAAAAGCUGGAUUUUCAGGCCCCCGACCCACAGGGGCUGAGCCAGCAGAGCUGCCCCCAACACCCCCAAA